AUGAUAGAGAAUGAUGAGGCUGACAACUAUUCCGCCGGGACAACCAAGUGGACGAGAAGUGAAGCAGAGGAGGAGGAAUAUCACCUAGAGAAGAAACCCAGGCUGGAAGAUGAGAAUGUAGACCAAAAGCUACAGAAGUUGAGAGAGCAGCUCUUAGCCGAGCUGGGAAAGAAGGAUCAGAGCCAAACCUUCCUGCCCACUUCUUCACCUUUCUCGAAGCGGGUACAGCAGGAGACUGUUCCAAAGAAGUUUACGAUGCCAUCAAUGACGGCUUAUGACGGAGCUGGAAACCCACGAGAGCAUGCAUUCCCGAUGACCCUCUCGGGGCCAGCGAGGGCGUGGUUUAAUAACCUUGAGUCUGGAAGUAUUAGCAGUUUUGGAGAUCUGGCCACUCGCUUCAUCAGCCGGUUUAUUGCCGGGGUGCCUACGGACAGAAAGACGAGCUACCUGGAAACAAUCAAGCAGAGAAGAGACGAAUCGCUCAGGGAGUACAUCGCUCGUUUCAAUACAGAGGCUCUGCAAAUUCCUGAGCUCGAUGAGGGAAGGGCGGUGGAGGCCAUGCAGAAGGGAACGACCUCUGCUGAGUUCUUCGGCUCACUAAGCAGGAAGCCUCCGACCUCACUAGCCGAGCUGAUGCAGAGGGCUGAAAAGUAUAUAAGGCAGGAUGAUGCCUUAGUAACAAGUCGAUUCGCCAAGGAAGCGGUAGGUAAGGAGAAAGCCCCGGAGGAAAGGAGGCCGGAGAAGCAUGAGAGGAAACAUGGCAAAAGGCCUGAGCCUUACAGACAGCCCUGGGAACGAAGGGACCAAAGGCCACUCCCUUCGUGGGUCCCAGAGAAGCCGACCCCACUUAACGCUUCUAGAGCCGAAGUACUCAUGGCCGUCCAAGACAAAGAAUUCGUAGAGUGGCCCAGACCCCUGAGAACAGAAGCCGACCAGCGAAAUCCUAACAAAUACUGUCAGUUCCAUCGCACUCAUGGCCAUGAUACCAGUAACUGCUUCCAGUUGAUAGCAAAAAUCGAGAGGCUGAUAAAAAGAGGGCACCUGAAGAACUCCGUGAAGAAAUCGGAAGGACAAAGACCUCAGCCCAAUUCGGCAACCCAAGCGCCGAGGAGAGCGGGAGCAGUGAAUGAUGGGUCUAGUGGGACCAUUAACAUGAUCUUGGGGGGCACAGGAGGUCGGAUGAGUUGUAGAGGAAAGAAGAGGAGUCGAGAGGGAGAAAGUAGUGGCGCCAAGGUCAUGCAGGUCGUCGAACACUCUCCAGUGGCCAUCACUUUCUCUCUGGAGGAUGCUCAAGGUGUUCAAAUGCCCCAUGACGAUGCCCUUGUCAUUGAAGCUGUCAUCCACAACUAUCGGGUGAAGAAAAUCCUAGUGGAUGAUGGGAGUAAGGUCAACCUGCUACCCUACCGGGUCUUCCAGCAGAUGGGAACCCCUGAAGAACAGUUGGUCCGGGAUCAGGCACCGGUCAAAGGAAUCGGAGGAGUCCCAGUACCUGUAGAAGGGAAGGUGAAGCUGGCUCUCACCCUAGGAGAAGCACCUAGGACUCGCACUCAUUAUGCGGUGUUCCUGGUAGUCAAACUUCCUCUGAGCUACAAUGCGAUCCUGGGAAGACCUGCGCUGUUUGACUUUGAGGUCGUCACCAGUAUCAGAUACCUGGCAAUGAAGUUCCCAACAGAAGCAGGGAUAGCCUAUGCUCUACUACUGGCAGUCCGAAAGUUCAGGAUUUAUCUGGAAAGCCACCAGGGAGUAGUAAUGACCGAUCAACCCUUGAAGAAGAUUUUGCAUAGACUGGAGACCUCAGGUCGGAUGCUAGCUUGGCCCAUUGAGAUUAGUCCUUAUUGCUUAGAGUAUCGACCUCGAACAGCCAUAAAAUCUCAGACCCUUGCUGAUUUCAUAGCAGAGUGCACAUUCAGUGAAGAACAAGGAGAAUCAUCUUCAUAA